AUGAAGGCGCGCUAAGCCGGGCUGGAGCAGAGUGUCUCAGAGGCUGUCUCCAUUCAGAGCCCAAGGACUUACAGCAUCCUCCGCCGCCUUCCUGAGCCAACAGCCCCCCAAAAGUUGGGAUGCUUUUCUUUACUCAGUGCUUUGGGGCUGUGUUGGAUCUCAUUCACCUCCGGUUUCAGCACUACAAGGCUAAACGGGUUUUCUCUGCUGCCGGGCAGCUUGUCUGUGUGGUCAACCCCACGCACAACCUAAAGUAUGUGUCCAGUAGACGGGCCGUCACUCAGAACUCCACAGAGCAAGGUACCUUCCACCCACAUCUUCUUCCCCACCACCAUCGUCACCACUGUCACCAUAACCGCCUGUGCCACCAUGCCCGCCCCCGCCACCUCAACCACCAGGAGGCAGGGAUGCACAGUGCUCAGGUGACACCCUGCCUAUGCCCACUCUUCUCCUGCCAGUGGGAAGGCCACCUGGAGGUGGUGGUGCCUCACCUGCGCCAGAUCCACAGGAUCGACAUCCUGCAAGGGGCCGAGAUAGUCUUCCUGGCCACGGACAUGCACCUCCCCGCGCCAGCCGACUGGAUCAUCAUGCACUCCUGCCUCGGCCACCACUUCCUCCUGGUGCUCAGGAAACAGGAACGACACGAAGGGCACCCUCAGUUCUUUGCUACCAUGAUGCUGAUCGGUACCCCCACCCAAGCCGACUGCUUCACCUAUCGCCUGGAGCUCAACAGAAACCACAGGCGUCUCAAAUGGGAGGCCACCCCGAGGUCUGUCCUGGAGUGUGUGGAUUCGGUCAUCACUGAUGGGGACUGCCUGGUUCUCAACACCUCACUGGCCCAGCUCUUCUCCGACAACGGCAGCCUCGCCAUUGGAAUCGCCAUCACCGCAACCGAGGUCGGCGCCACGGAUGCCGAGAUGUGAGGCCAGGAGCUGCUGGAUACUCACGCUGCCUGUGUACCUUGGACCUCCGAAUGUCGGGACAUUUUUAUUCCCCCUUCCUUCCUUCCUUCUUUUCUUUCUUUUACGUCUCAGGUAAUUUGUGGUAUUAGUAUUCAUUGGCCACAGGCAUUCUGUUAUGUAAACAUCUGUGAGUCAAGGUCUUGGUGUGAAAUCUGUCCUGUGUGUUGUUGGUACAGUUUGGUAGAACAUUUGGAAGAUUCUACCAGAGUAGUUACUUCCGGCCACCACUGGUCUCUUUCGCUACUGCUUCCACAGGGAGCGAAUGCCAAGAAGCAGGGCACUGGGGCUAACGGGAGACUUGGCUUCCCAACUCCUUCCUUCUCUUUUCGUGCGGUUUCAGGCAGAGCCUGACUUGUCAUGGCUGAGGCAGCCAGCCGUGACUGCCACCUUUCCAGGAGCCUUGGGGUCAAAGCUAAGCUGCAUGAGCAUGAGAGACAGGGUCUCCUCCACAAACAGUGGGGUCCCCUAGAGGCGCACUCUGGGUCAGAAGUGGUCACCUGACCCCGGGCUGGGGUCAGCCGUCGGAUACAAACCCCUCUGUUUUUCAGAUUCUGGCCUUAUUCCCUGGCCAUGCCAUUUCCCUUUGCUUUGCAAUUAAAGCCCGAAUGUUUUGGUGCUCCUGUGAAAAUCAUCUCGCCUCUGGGGAGAGCGGGAUAGGUAUGAUGCAGAAGAAGAAUUGCAAGGAAAAAGACGGCACCAAAUCACCCUCUGACCUCUGGGAGGGCGCACCUGCCUCAUCAAGACUCUUUAAACACAUAAACUAUAAAUCCAUCACCCCCCCAAACACACACACACACACACACACACACACACACAUCUUUUUGUAUCAAGGACACAUCUGUCCUUGACGGUGUGUGCGUAAGACCCAUCAUCAAACACGGGGACCCCAGAACGAAGCAACUAGGACCUCCAGCAUGAAGAGAUCGCCUGACACACUCUGGGCCUCCCCUUUUCUCUCCUUACUUAUUAACACACGCUGUAGCCCUGUCCAGCACAUAAACAUGGCUGCUUAGGAGUAAGUUCGGCAUAUACAGAAGGAAACCUCAGGAACCCACCUCACCUCACCCUCCGCUCC